AUGAAGAUCAGCUGCUGCCACAGACUUUGGGUCAAAAGCAGCAUAGAGAGUAAAGGUUCACUGCCCUUGUUGGUCCUACAACCAGAGAAGGCAGUGCGGGAGGACUGGACAUUUUUCAGCACCAGUCUUUACGUCAUCUCUACUGAAGUGAAGAACUGGACUGAGAGCAGACAGGACUGCAGAGGAAGAAGAGCAGACCUGGUGAUCAUAAACAGCAGAGAAGAGUACUGGAUGGAUGGAGAACCUAAUAACCAAGGGGAUGAAGAUUGUGGUGAAAUUCUGGGUCCUGCAGAUAAGAAGGUCUGGAAUGAUGGACCAUGCUCUGACCAAAAAAGAUGGAUCUGUGAGAAAAGAGUGUUUUAAUGAUACAUUAAUCGUUAACUAUUAAAAUGAUGCACAAAACAGGCAGAACAUAUUGAGCAGUUUGACCAGAUCUUUAUUUUUCUGUCUUUGUACAUUUUUUUAAAUGAGCUUCCCUUGUACAGUGACUAAAUCACUGUC